UAGCUCAGCACCAAGCCUACUGGUUUCUGGAGAUUUCAUGUGAGAAAAGGACAAACCCCGAACCCCUUUUCACUCUAAUCUUGCGUUGUUUAGACUGCUUUUUUUCGUCUUCCCUGUUUUUUUUUCUUCACACGAUCGGAAAAUGUGGACCUUCAAAGCGCUCGGAGUAUGACAAAAGAUUUUAGGAUGCUGGACUUGUGCUGCUCGUUUUGUUCCUCUCUUUUUACUUAAAUGCCAACACGGUGAAUGCGUCGGACAGAGUGGACAAGCUGCUGCUGCUCGAGGUCCGCAUUCAAAAAAAAAAAAAAAAGUCAACAUCUUGUCUUUCUUGAUUUGAUGUUCCUCCGGAGCGACUUCAGAAGGAUGUAACGACCGAUCCACCUUGUGCAGCCGAAGUCUCCUCAUCAAAAUGCAGAAGGGAAUACGACUUAAUGAUGGUCAUGUCACCUACCUGGGGCUUUUAGCAAAAAAGGAUGGUACAAGACGAGGGUGCUUGAGCAAAAAGAGCUCAGACAACACGAAAUGGCACACAAAGUGGUUUGCUUUGUUACAGAAUAUGCUCUUUUAUUUUGAGAACGAGUCCAGCUCUCGACCCUCGGGAUUAUACCUGUUGGAGGGAUGCAUAUGCGACAGGGCGCCUUCUCCGAAACCUUCACUGUCAGCCAAGGAGUGUUUGGAAAAGCAGUACUAUUUCACUGUCAGCUUCACCCAUGAAAACCAAAAGGCGCUCGAGUUACGUACAGAAGAUGUAAAGGACUGCGAUGAAUGGGUGGCUGCAAUAUCACACGCCAGUUACAGAAACUUGGCCACCGAGCAUGAGACUCUCAUGCAGAAGUAUCUUCAUCUGCUUCAGAUUGUGGAGACGGAGAAAACAGUUGCUAAGCAACUUCGACAACAGAUAGAAGAUGGGGAAAUAGAGAUUGAAAGGCUUAAGUCAGAGAUCGCUGGGCUGCUCAAAGACAACGAAAAGAUCCACGCCAGCCCUGCAGCCGCCCCAACUGAGGAUGACUCGGAAAUCAAGAAGAUCAAAAAAGUCCAGAGUUUCCUGCGAGGCUGGAUCUGCAGGAGAAAGUGGAAGACCAUCAUCCAAGAUUACAUCCGCUCACCACAUGCAGAGAGCAUGAGGAAGAGGAACCAGGUGGUGUUCAGCAUGUUGGACUCGGAGGCCGAGUACGUCCAGCAGCUUCACAUCCUGGUGAACAACUUCCUGAGGCCACUCCGCAUGGCCGCCAGCUCCAAGAAACCACCCAUCACCCAUGACGAUGUCAGCAGCAUUUUCCUCAACAGUGAAACUAUCAUGUUUCUACAUCAGAUAUUUUACCAGGGUUUGAAAGCCAGAAUAGCGAGCUGGCCAACAUUAGUGCUGGCCGACCUGUUCGACAUCCUGCUGCCCAUGCUGAACAUCUACCAGGAGUUUGUGCGGAACCACCAGUACAGCCUGCAGAUACUGGCUCACUGCAAGCAGAACCGAGACUUUGACAAGCUGCUGAAGCAGUACGAGGCCAAGCCUGACUGUGAGGAGAGGACUCUGGAGACCUUCCUCACCUACCCCAUGUUCCAGAUUCCCCGCUACAUUCUUACACUCCACGAACUUCUGGCCCACACGCCCCACGAACAUGUGGAGAGAAACAGCCUGGAUUAUGCUAAAUCUAAGCUGGAAGAGCUUUCCAGAAUCAUGCAUGACGAAGUGAGCGAGACUGAGAACAUCAGGAAGAACCUGGCAAUAGAGCGAAUGAUCGUAGAGGGAUGCGAGAUUCUCCUAGACACCAGCCAGACGUUUGUAAGACAAGGGUCUCUUAUCCAGGUGCCGAUGAGCGAGAAGGGCAAGAUCACCCGUGGGCGACUGGGUUCUCUGUCUCUGAAGAAAGAGGGGGAGAGGCAGUGCUUUCUCUUCUCCAAGCAUUUAAUCAUCUGCACCCGGGGUUCUGGGGGAAAGCUUCAUCUUACCAAGAAUGGAGUAGUCUCACUUAUAGACUGCACUCUUAUGGAGGACCCUGAGGGGACAGAUGAUGAGUCCAAAUCAGACAAGAGUGGCCAGGACAUGGAGCACCUGGACUUCAAGAUUGUCGUGGAGCCAAAGGACAGCCAGUCAUUCACAGUCAUCCUGGUGGCCUCCUCGAGGCAGGAGAAGUCUGCAUGGACCAGUGACAUCAGCCAGUGCAUAGACAACAUCCGGUGCAAUGGGCUGAUGAUGAAUGCCUUUGAAGACAACUCCAAAGUCACAGUUCCACAGAUGAUCAAGUCAGAUUCAAGUCUGUAUUGCGAUGAUGUGGACAUCCGCUUCAGUAAGAUGAUGAACUCCUGCAAGGUCCUGCAGAUCCGCUACGCCAGCGUGGAGCGCCUGCUGGAGCGACUGACGGACCUCCGCUUCCUCUCCAUUGACUUCCUCAACACGUUCCUGCACUCGUAUCGUGUGUUCACUACCGCUGAUGUGGUGCUAGACAAACUCAUCACCAUCUACAAGAAGCCAAUCAGUGCCAUCCCUGCUCGGUCCCUGGAGUUAUUCUUUGCCAGCAGUCAGAACAGUAAACUCCUGUAUGGAGAGCCUCCCAGCUCCCCCAGGGCCAGCAGAAAGUUCUCCUCCCCUCCUCCUCUCGCUAUCGCCAAGAACUCAUCCCCAAACCGACGGCGCAAGCUCUCCCUCAACAUCCCCAUCAUCACUGGGGGCAAAGCUCUUGACCUGGCUGCCCUCAGCUGCUCCUCAAACGGCUAUGCAAGCAUGUACUCAUCAAUGUCCCCGUUCAGCAAGACCACCCUGGACAUCAAUAAACUCUACGUGUCCAGCCCCAUCACGAGCAAAAUCUCAGAUGAGGGGGAGGACAAGAAGGACAAGGUCGAAGAUACCUCAGUGUGCAAACAAGAUCUCUCAGUACGAGAGGAAAGUGACAAUGAUCAAAACCAGAGUGAUGAUGGGGACCCAGAAGCCUCUCCUACCAAGUCACCAACCACUCCUAAAAACGUUAAAUGCAAAAACUCCUCAGAGUUCUCCCUGUUUUCCUACAACAAUGGCAUGGUGAUGUCCUCAUGUCGAGAGCUGGAUAAUAACCGCAGUGCCCUGUCUGCUGCCUCUGCCUUUGCUAUCGCUACAGCGGGAGCAAAUGAGGGCACCCCUACCAAGGAAAAAUAUCGGCGGAUGUCCCUCGCCAGCACUGGAUUCCCGACAGAUCAGAGAAAUGGAGACAAAGAGUUUGUGAUCAGACGAGCAGCGACAAACAGAGUUCUGAAUGUCCUGAGACACUGGGUGUCCAAACACUCUCCGGACUUUGAGAGUAACAAUGAGCUGAAGACGAAGGUUAUUGCCUUCCUGGAGGAAGUGAUGCAUGACCCUGAGCUGCUGACCCAGGAGAGGAAAGCAGCAGCCAACAUCAUCAGGACUCUAACUCAGGAAGAUCAUGGUGAUAGUCAGAUCACCCUUGAGGACGUGACGCAACUGGUGGGAGGAGGGAAGGCUGAGCCCUUUGAGAGUCACUCUGCACUGGAGAUUGCAGAGCAGCUCACAAUGCUGGACCACCUGGUGUUUAAGGUCAUCCCAUACGAGGAAUUCUUUGGACAAGGCUGGAUGAAGAACGACAAAAAUGAGAAGACACCAUACAUCAUGAGAACAACGAAGCACUUCAAUGAUAUAAGCAACCUUAUUGCCACAGAGAUCCUGCGCUGUGAUGAUGUGGUCACAAGGGUGGCAGUCAUAGAAAAAUGGGUGGCUGUGGCUGACAUCUGCCGCUGUCUCCAUAACUACAACGCCGUGCUUGAGAUCACCUCCUCCCUCAACCGCAGCUCUGUCUUUCGCCUCAAGAAGACCUGGCUCAAGGUUUCCAAGCAGACGAAAGCAUUGAUAGACAAGCUGCAGAAGCUGGUCUCAUCAGAGGGGAGGUUCAAAAACCUGAGAGAGGCUUUGAAGAACUGUGAUCCCCCCUGUGUGCCCUAUCUGGGGAUGUACCUCACUGACCUGGCUUUCAUUGAGGAGGGAACGCCUAACUACACAGAAGACAACUUGGUCAACUUCUCAAAGAUGCGGAUGAUUUCUCACAUCAUAAGAGAAAUCAGGCAGUUUCAGCAAACAGCAUACAAGAUUGACCUGCAACCAAAGGUAGCCCAGUAUCUACUGGAUAACAGUUCUGUUCUGGAUGAAGAAAGCAUGUACGAAGCCUCACUCAGAAUUGAGCCUAAAGUGCCCAACUGAUGGGGAAGGUGGUCCUCCACGUUAUUUUCUCUGUUAAUAUUACACAUCAGUUAACAUACACAUCAACUUUUGUAUAGUUGUACAUGUUUAAGAUAUUUGCUCUUCUGUACAGUAGAUGUUUAAGGUUGUUUGAUGACAUAAAAACAUUUCAGUGUAUAUUUUUUGUUUGUUACAGUUGUCAUGACGCACCUGCUUUAAGAAAUCAUUGAAAUUUCUUUUGGGUUAUUUCAAGCAUAAUAACAGAGGUCACUUUGGUUGCACGUAACUGUGUCUUCUUUGUGACCAAUGACAUUAUUUUGCAUCAUCUCAUACUGUAUCAACUUUGCACUUUCUGAGCACUCAUGCUGCCAGCCAUUGUUCUCUUUGCUUGAGUUUUACUGAUGACUGAAUUUCUCUGCAACCAAUGUAGCAAUGUAAAAAUGUAACUGCAUCAAAUCAGGUAAAAGAGCACAGAGAAUAUAACUGUAUUUAAUGCUGGGGAACAAUGAUCAGUGGAGAUGACAGCAAGGUAUCUGAAGCAAGCAACUGCUGUGCUUCCCAUGCCAAAACAAGGGGGAUUUGUCUCUUCAUUUCUGCUCACUACUCUGAAGACAGGGGUUCCCAACCAUUUUUGAACUGCGGACCAUUUUUAUAUUGAUAGAAAAUAUACUGUCGUUGUGUACCAGCCCAGUGGAACCAACCAGGGACAAAACUAAACAGAAAACAAAGUUCUGUGACUUAAACCGACUCUAGACUGUUGCCAGACUAGUUACCUCACAUGCUCAGAACCCUGUAAAUUAAGAUUAAAAGUCUACAACCAUGCUAGCAGCUCUGUGAGACUGUACUUGGGCAUAGCAGUGGUUUGAGCGAAAUGCCAACGUUGGUGUGCCAACAAGGUCAUACUGACAAAGCUAACAUGAUGAAUGUUUACCAGGUAUAAUGUUUACUAUGUUCACCAUCUUAGAUUUGCAUGUUAGCAUGCUAAUAUUAGCAAUAAACACAAAGUCCAGGUUAGGCUGAUGGAAUGUCAUUUGUUUUGCAGAUUAUAUAAACCAAAUUAUUGAACAAAUUGAAAUGCUGACCCAGCACAGGCAGCGACAUGAACAUCUGAACCAAAUUUCCUGGCAAUCUAUCUUAUAGUUGCAGAGAAAUUUUACUCAAAACUAUAAAUGUAAAAAAGUGCUAUGUCAUUAGCCUUUAUCCUUCUAUGCUCUGUGGAUACACAUACUAGAUUUCAUGGCAGUUCAUCCAUUAGUUGUUGAUAUAUUUCAGUUUAGACCAAAGUGGUGGACCCAGAGGCCAACAAUGCAAUCUCUAGAGCCAUGCUGCUAGUAUGGCUAAAAACCAAUAUACUGUUUUUGGGAAUGUGACAAGGGGUGAUGAAAAAAUGUAGCAGACUGUGCAAACAUAGCCUAUAAUGUUUUAGAAUUAUUCAGCUUUUCUUGCAUUUUCUUGCAGGAUCAGACAGUUGCCCAGUAGCAAAUGCUCUGAGGCCCAGUAAUGGUCCACAGCCCUGGGGUUGGGAACCUCUGUUCUAUGAUACAUGUCUUCAUUAACCUAACAAAAUUUUAUUUUACUUUUAAUUUAUUUAUUUGUAAUGCGAGACUCCUUUUGUAGCCUGUUGUCACAUGAGGUGUCCAGACUCACCUUAGACACCUUCAGUUCAUUUCGUAUAAUCAGAUAUAAGCUGUGUAACAACAUACAGUCCUAAAGAAGGGUUACAUCUCUUCACUUGAUUGAUUUGAUGUGAUUUAAGGUAAGAUUGAGUCAUCUGAAUUUACUGUUACACUUGGAGUACACCAGUACAAUACAGUGAGUUUUCCCCUUAGUCCAAAUAUUAUGUUCCGUCUUUUUUUUUCCUUCUUUUUUUUCCAACAUAAACUCAUGACAAAAGCUCAUAGUAGUGGUAAGUGUUGUACCUUCAGGUUUGGCGAUACUUCUGUAGAGUAAAAGGUUGUUGCUCUUCUGUAAUUAAAAGACAAUCUGUCCUUUUUGCUGUUCCAGUGAUUGUGGAACGUGACUGUAUAUCACUCUGUUAUAUGCAUUGCUGUUAAAAACUAUGAUAAAACAUAUGUGAAUGA